UUAAACAACUUGAGCUACGAGCACUAUCAUAGAUUAUAGGUUACGAUUUUAUUAUUGAUUAGAAUUCCAAACCAAAAGAAUUUUUUCGAGUUCUGUCAAAUGUUAACUCAAACUCUUAACACAAUCAAACUCGAGCUAUCCGGGUUUGAUGUGGUUUGGCUCGCCAAAAAAACCCUUAUUACAACUUUUGUUUUGACAUUUUCAUUUUCUAUUUUGAUUUUGGAUAUUGCGAAAAUGAUUAGAGCAGUGUUAAUAGAUUUAAGUGGGACUCUACAUAUAGAAAAUCAAGCAGUACCUGGCUGCGCUGAAGCAUUAAAAAAGUUAUUGCAGAAAAACCUCAUUGUCAAAUUCGUAACAAACACAACAAAAGAAAGCAAAAGGAUCCUUCACGACAGAUUAAUAAAUCUUGGCUUCGAUGUAGACAAAAAUGACAUUUUAAGUUCUCUGGGUGCUGCUGGAUGCUUAAUCGAACAACGAAAACUAAAACCAAUGUUAAUGCUGUCUCCAGAAGCUCUAGAAGACUUUGAAGGCUUAGCAUGUCCUCUAAAUGAAACCCCCAACGCCAUCGUUAUCGGCCUUGCGCCAACCGAGUUUCAUUACGACAGGUUAAACGAAGCUUUUAGAUAUCUUAACGCUGGUGCGCAACUUAUUGCAAUACAUGCCGGCAAGUAUUACAAACGAAGUGACGGAUUAGCAUUGGGGCCAGGGUGCUUUGUUAAAGGAUUAGAAUAUGCGGCACAGUGUACUGCGGAACUUGUCGGAAAGCCCAAUAAAACGUUUUUCCUGUCUGCUUUGGGCAAUGUACCUCCUACAGAUGCCGUUAUGAUAGGAGACGAUGUCACAGAUGAUAUCCUAGGAGCGAUGAAUGCAGGAUUGAAAGGGUAUUUGGUGCAAACUGGCAAAUAUAAAACGGGAGACGAAGACAAGAUAAGCCCAGCACCGACAGCAGUACUUCCUAGUUUUGUCGAGGCGGUGGAUAAGAUUUUAGAGCAAAUCGAUUAGAAGAUGAGGGUAAAUAGUAGGAAAUCAUAUUUAUUUAUAAAUAAGUAUUGUGUUUAGGACUUUUUUUAUUUAAUAUUGUAUUAUAUAAAAUUA